UAUAUUUCAGAUAUUAUAACGACAUAUCAGUCGGCAGAUUGAUACCUGUUUGCAACUCCUCGACACAAGUAUUCAUUGCUAAAAGAUGCUGUCCAUCUUGACGUUGAUCUUCAUCGUUUCAUCUACAUACGCUGUACAAUGGCCAAAAGGUACCUAUACACUAGUCAAACCAAAAGCAGGAUGCCCGGCUGGUUGGAAGGAAGGAUGGCGUAAACAAGAUAACGAAGACAGUAGAAAUGCUAACUUCAUUACAUAUGGACAUCAUUUCUUUGGAUCCUUUGGACGAAAUAUGGUUUUUCAUUAUUGCACCAAAGACGAACAUGCUAUAUCUGGAACUCAACAUUGGCCAAGAGGAAACUACUGUAUUCUAAGACAAGGAAUAUCCUGUCCACCAGGCUUCAAGAUGGGAAGUAUUCAUUGGGAUGAUGAAGAUAGUAGAAAUAAAAAUGGAUUCGGGGGUGUACUUCCAAGUGGAAUCUAUGGGAGAAACACUCUCAUAAACUACUGUUGCAGAUCUGACGAAUCAUACAGAACUGAGGUUAUUCUUCCAAGAAGUAAACCGUUCUAUUUAUUACGCUUCAAAUCACCAUGCCAACAGGUACAGGGGAUGGUUGUUAGAGAGGAGAUCGUCAAAUCAGAUGACGAGGACAAAAAUAACAAAAACAGCGUCAGUGGAAGUCACCCACUGAAUGAUGGAGGAAGAAACAACAGGCUCUACUACUGUUAUUAUCACUGAUAUGUAACUCUUUAUACAGUAUAAAAUAUUAUAUACUUAUAUCUUUUAUAAUACCCUUUUUUAAUAUUUUUAUUAUGUUCAGUGCAUUUAAAACACUUGUCAUUCUUGUUUUGAAUUUUGGUUUUGUUUUUGUUUGUAGAAAGGACAGACGCACCCCCAAAAUAUAACCAAUGCAUUGAAGGUUAAUCUUUGAAAAAAAAAAAUUUUACAAAAGUUUUCAAGAAAUUUGCUGUUAACAAUUUGUCCAAUUUCUAAGCAUUGACUUCUGCGCAGAUUAAACGGAGGAUGUGAAUCAUAUAAAUGAAAAGAAAAUAAAAGUCGUAGAAAGGCAACCAAUUGACACGAGUAAACUAGAGCAAAUAAUUUACGAUAUAAUUUUUCUUUAAUUUUUUUUGUAAACAGACUUUUAAAUAAAAAUAUUCAUGUUGUCUCUAACUAACUUAAGUAAGAAUUCCUUUUAACAAGACAGCUGUUUAACUUUAUAAGAAAUAACUAUUUGUUUUUAUAUAACUAGAAUCAUUAUGAAAUAAAUGAGCUGAUAUUUUUU